AACCGGCAUCCGUCGCGGUUGGACGUGGGCUUGCCGGAACGGGGCGGGACUUCCAGUAGGAGGCGGCAAGUUUGAAAAGUGACAACGGUCGACGUUUGCUGAUUUUUUACUUUGCUUGUAGCUGCUCCUCGAACUCGCUGCCUUCCUGUCGGCGGCCGGCACUGUAGGUGAGCGCGAGAGGACGGAGGAAGGAAGCCUGCGGACACCUUCGCCAUCCCAAGGCGCGGGCAGGUGUCGGGACGCAGGGCCUGGCGGUGUUUUCGUUGUUCUCAGCGGUGGGAGGAGGCGGAAGAAACCAGCUCCUGGGAGAUUAACAGGAAACUUCCAAGAUGGAGACUUUGUCUUUCCCCAGAUACAAUGUAGCUGAGAUUGUGAUUCAUAUUCGCAAUAAGAUCUUAACAGGAGCUGAUGGUAAAAACCUCACCAAGAAUGAUCUUUAUCCAAAUCCAAAGCCUGAAGUCUUGCACAUGAUCUACAUGAGAGCCUUACAAAUAGUAUAUGGAAUUCGACUGGAGCAUUUUUACAUGAUGCCAGUGAACUCUGAAGUCAUGUAUCCACAUUUAAUGGAAGGCUUCUUACCAUUCAGCAAUUUAGUUACUCAUCUGGACUCAUUUUUGCCCAUCUGUCGGGUGAAUGACUUUGAGACUGCUGAUAUUCUAUGUCCAAAAGCAAAACGGACAAGUCGGUUUUUAAGUGGCAUUAUCAACUUUAUUCACUUCAGAGAAGCAUGCCGUGAGACGUAUAUGGAAUUUCUUUGGCAAUAUAAAUCCUCUGCGGACAAAAUGCAACAGUUAAACGCUGCACACCAGGAGGCAUUAAUGAAACUGGAGAGACUUGAUUCUGUUCCAGUUGAAGAGCAAGAAGAGUUCAAGCAACUUUCAGAUGGUAUUCAGGAGCUACAACAAUCACUAAAUCAGGAUUUUCAUCAGAAAACGAUAGUGCUGCAAGAGGGAAAUUCCCAAAAGAAGUCAAAUAUUUCAGAGAAAACCAAGCGUUUGAAUGAACUAAAAUUGUCAGUGGUUUCUUUGAAAGAAAUACAAGAGAGUUUAAAAACAAAAAUUGUGGAUUCUCCAGAAAAGCUAAAGAAUUAUAAAGAAAAAAUGAAAGAUACGGUCCAGAAGCUUAAAAACGCCAGACAAGAAGUGGUGGAGAAAUAUGAAGUCUAUGGAGAUUCAGUUGACUGUCUGCCUUCAUGUCAGUUGGAAGUGCAGUUGUAUCAAAAGAAAAUACAGGACCUUUCAGAUAAUAGGGAAAAAUUAGCCAGUAUCUUAAAGGAGAGCCUGAACUUAGAGGACCAAAUUGAGAGUGAUGAGUCAGAACUGAAGAAAUUGAAGACUGAAGAAAAUUCGUUCAAAAGGCUGAUGAUUGUGAAGAAGGAGAAACUUGCCACAGCACAAUUCAAAAUAAAUAAGAAACAUGAAGACGUUAAGCAAUACAAACGCACAGUAAUUGAGGAUUGCAAUAAAGUUCAAGAAAAAAGAGGUGCUGUCUAUGAACGAGUAACCACAAUUAAUCAAGAAAUCCAAAAAAUUAAACUUGGAAUUCAACAACUAAAAGAUGCUGCUGAAAGGGAGAAACUGAAGUCCCAGGAAAUAUUUCUAAACUUGAAAACUGCUUUGGAGAAAUACCACGACGGUAUUGAAAAGGCAGCAGAGGACUCUUACGCUAAGAUAGAUGAGAAGACAGCUGAACUGAAGAGGAAGAUGUUCAAAAUGUCAACCUGAUUAACAAAAUUGCAUGUCUUUUUACAAAUGGCUUGCCAUCUUUUAAUUUUCCAUUUAGAAAGAAUAGUUAAGUUGAAGCGAAUGGAAGUAACAGAAGUACCAAAUAAUGUUGGCUUCGUCAGUUUUUAUACACUCUCAUAAGUAGUUAAUAAGAUGAAUUUAAUGUAGGCUUUUAUUAAUUUAUAAUUAAAAUAACUUGUGCAGCCAUUCAUGUCUCUACUCUGCCCUUUGUUGUAAAUAGUUUGAGUAAAACAAAACUAGUUACCUUUGAAAUACAUAUAUAUGUUUUCUGUUACUAU